AAUUAUACAUUUUUAAAUUAUAUGCAAAUAGUUAUUUAAAUAUCGGAAAUUCUUUAAAAAACACUUUCGUAUUUAAUAUAAAUAAGGAUGUUCCAAUGUAAUAGAUGAAUGUCUCAAAAUAUAAACAUUUAACUUAUCUUUCAUCCCUGAAAGAAUUGUAACUUACUUACCAAAUUUUCAAAAGGACUGUUUUGCUGAACACUGAGAGGAAGAUAUGAAAAUAGUGCAAAAAUAUUUCUCUCGCUAUUUUACGAGUCUAGGAGAAUUAAUUGCUGGUUACCCACUCGUAUUUCUUCUGGCACCUAUUAUCAUGAGUGCUUUAUUGGCAACUGGAGUGUUGAGAGUGAGUUCAAAUAGAAAUACUGAUUAUCUGUUUACAGCAACAAACGGCAAGGCAAUACAACACAAAGAAUACGUAGAAAGUAUUUUUCCUCAAAAUACUUCUGAUUAUGUCGAUGCUAUUAGAAUUACAAAAAUGGAAAAUAUAAUUAUCGUUACCGAAAAACACAUGAAAAGUAUAAUAGAUGAGAAAGUAUUGAAGGAAAUUUCUGUUUUGGAUUACUUAAUAAGAAAUUUUAGCAUCGAUUUUGGUGGAUAUAAAAGGAACUACUCUCAUCUUUGCGCUCAGACUUUCGGAAAAUGUUUCGAAAAUGAUUUUAUUAAUUUGAUUCCAAACCUUCAUCAAAUUCGUACGGGAAAAUAUAAAUUGAAUUAUCCAUUUUAUUUAAAUCCUUUAAAUUUUCGAACCAUUAUAACCGCUACAUUUUUAGGACUUGUAACAGUAGAUAAUGAAAACUAUGUUAAAGAUGCUAGAGCAGCUAGGUUAUUUUAUCCUUUAGAUUCAAAUAACGAUAACAAGAAACAAAUUAUCUUCGAAUGGAAAAAAUCUUUAAAUAUCAUUUUAACUUCUACAAAAUUUAAAUAUAUAAAUAUAUCUUAUACAAAUUCUGAAGAACUUUCGAAUAAUAUCGAAGAAUUUACUAGUAAUUUGUGUCCAUAUAUUCCGAUUGUAUUUUUAAUUGUAUCAAUUUUUGCCUCACUGACUUGUAUGACUGAUAAUUGGAUCGAAAGCAAACCAUGGCUUGGAAUUUCGGCUUGUGUUUCUGCAAGUUUAGCAAUUAUAAGUGGAUUCGGCUUGACAUUUCAUUGUGGUGCUCCCUAUGCAGAUUUUGUCUUACUUUUAUCAUACUGUAUGCUUGGAAUGGAAAUCGACGAUGCAUUUCUUCUAAUCUCAGCUUGGAGAAGAACAAAUCCGGAAGAUUCUGUAGAAAAGAGAAUGGGCAAAGCUUAUUCAGAAGCUGCCGUAUCCAUAACCAUUACAUCCAUUACCAGCGUUAUUUCUUUUUGCAUUGGAAUAUUUUCAUACUUUCCCAUCAUUCGUAUGUUUUGUAUCCAUGCCGCCGUUAUAACAUCUUUCGCUUACAUUUACCAGAUCACAUUCUUUGGAAGUUGCAUGGCUUUAAGUGGUUACAGAGAAAAACUGCGUCUUCAUUGCUUAUUUUUUCGCUAUGUUAAUGAAAACAGAAAGACUGAAGUUAUUCGGAAAAGAAGAUUAGAAGAAUUUAUCGGAAAUAUUCUUCUUUAUAAUCGAACUAAAAUAUUUAUUGUUUUAUUAUUUUUUCUGAAUUUUUCAAUUGGUAUUUGGGGCUUUCGGUUCCUGAAGUUCGGAAAUAGUGGUACCGAUGCGUUUAGAAAAGAUUCACAAACAAUGGGAUUUCUUUAUUCUAUAUACAAUUAUUUCGAUUUCCUCUAUCCCGUGCAUAUUGUUAUAGACAAAGCAAUUAAUUAUCACGAAAAAAAUGUUCAAAAAUCUAUUGACGAAACAUUAAGAAAAUUCGAAAAUCUUUCGAAUAUUGCAGAUUCGAGACUUAGAAUAUCCUGGCUAAAAUAUUACAAUUUCUUUUCGAAUCAAAAAAUUGGUAACAUUUUAUUAAAUGGUUAUAACACUUCCGAUAAACAAGAUUUUAUCGAUGGUUUAAAAGACGUUUUCUUACGAUUUCCUCAAGCAAAACAAUUUACUCAAGAUAUUAAUUUUAAUAAAAACUAUACGGAAAUUACAUCGAGUCGUUUUCUUUUGAUUAUAAAAAAUGUAACAACAGCAGAAUUAGAAACGAAUUUAGUGAGAGAUGUUUAUGAUAUUGUUAGUAACUCCGAACUCCCUAUCACUAUUUAUGGUCUACAUUUUCAUAUAUUCGAACAAGGUUUUCUAAUUAAGAAAAUUACUUUUAAUAUUGCUAUUAUUACUUCUGCUUUAAUUUUUGUGAUAUUCUUUCUUUUCAUUUCUGACAUCGUUUCAAUCUUCUGCGUAGCAUUAGUUGUCUUAUGUACGAUCUUAGAAACCAUCUCUUACAUGGGUAUGUGGAACGUAAAACUGGACAUUGUAUCUUUAGUAACUUUAGUAACAUCUGUUGGCUUUUCCAUCAAUUAUCCAACUCAUAUAUCAUACUCAUUCACUGUGGCAAAAAAUUUGAGUAUACAAGACAGGGUGAAAAAAUCCUUGAAUGAUGUUGGAUUACCGAUAUUUCAGGGUACCAUUACUACUGUUUUAGGUGUAUUUUUGCUUUUGUUUCAUUCUUACUAUGUAACUAUAUCCGGCUUUAAAAUUUUAUUUUUGAUAGCAAUAUUAACAGGAAGCCAUGCUUUGUUUGUUAUUCCUGUUUUUCUUUCAUUUUUCAAAUGUUUUUAUAAAUCAAGAAAAACUUGAGAUAAAAAAUAAUUAAACAAAUAAUUUUUUUAUAGACUACUAUAUUGAUAUUUCGAAAUUCUAUUAUCAUAUUUAUGUAUGACAGUUCUUAAGCAAUUGAUUUUUAAAGUGGUUUUAUCAUAAACAAACAUGUAUUUAAAAUCUUUUUACUAUAAUUAGGUUACUACAGAAAAUUAUAAUCUAUAAAAUUACAAUUUAAUAUAGAAAAUACUACGUGAUUUCGUCAAAUAAGUGAUGCAUUCACUAGUCUGUAUAGUGUGAUGAAUUCAAUUUCUAUUGUUUUUUCUAUAUAUCAUAUACUAAUAAAUAAAAUUUUAAAUAAGCCGAUUUAAGUAAGAAUUUACUUCAAUGUACCUGAAUGUAUAAACUAGAUUAUCAUAAAUAGUAAAGACACAACAAAAACUUGAGCUAUACGCCGAGGAGAAGGCUAUAGCGAUUUUCGAUCACAUGGCAUGCAGACUGCCAAUGAAGAUAAGAACCGAAACGAGAAACGAUGCUAGAAAUGUCAUAAACGAAGUGAAAACACUACUCAAUUACCGGUGUAUUUGGUAAUUGAUAGAUGACAACAACUAUUUUCUACGAAGCUUCUUUCCUGUAGAAGUAAACCUUCCACAGGAAUGAACGACACGAAAAGUAUCUUCAACCACAGAUUCGUUACCCAAAAAAAGAACAUUUAUCAACAAAUCUUUUAGAAUAAUGGAUAGAGUCAUUUCUGACUAUGAGCACAGUCAUUCUUAACAAGACAAAACCGAAAAUCUUAAUUUAAAUAACUCCUCAGCAUCAAAAUCUCUAUAUCAAUAGAAUUUCUCUCGUGACUUCCUCUUAAAUUCCAACGAAAACAGUUAGCUAAACGUAAAAUUAAUUCCAUAGAUUGAAAAUCGCCAAUCAUCUUUCAAUGCAAACUACUUUGAAAACUUUUUUUCUGUAUGUAUGGAUGUUAGUGUAUGUGGGUGGCACGACUUUGUUCAAUCAAUUUGAAGCUUAAUAACUCCUGUGUGUUUUGUCAAAAAUUCCUGAAAUUUUCAAAGAGGUUUAUGUAUUAAGGAAAUUGAAGCUAUUAAAUUUUAGUGGUUAAAGAUUGGGAGGAUGGGGAGAUAAAGAGCGGUUACUUGUCAUAUCUAGAGCGGGAUAGAACUUAAUGAAGAUUUUACACGUUAUUAGCAUUUACACUUUUUUCAAGAUAUCAGCCAAUUUCAUACUCAUUAUCUGUAGAUAAAAUUCGAUUUAAUAUUGGCAACUUGCCCAUUUGGAUAGCAGUGGACGAAGAUUCCAGUGGCCAAAUUAUUGUCAGUUUUAUCGUAGGAAAAUUGGAUUUCAACGACCAAGUUUGUGAAUGAUUCCUUAUAAAUCUUGUGGCCGGAAGGUAAAAAUGAUACAAAGUUCUUUCUGCUACUAACCGAUUCAGCUCCGUAUAUGGUGAAGGCUAUCCACAACUUUCAUACGUUUUAUCCUAAGCUGAUGCACAUCACUUCUUUGGCCUAUGAUCUCCACCGAGUUUCC